UUUCUCAAUCAUCUCUCUCUGUGCAAAACAGAGCAAAAAGCGAGAGUAAACUUUCAAAUUUCAUAAAAAAAUGGAAGAGACAAGUGCCUAUCAGCGGCAAACCCAUCAGCCCAAUCUUUCUUCACAAUCUAUUUUUCAUGCCCUUGAUCCUAUUUCUCUCAUUCUUUCUCGGAAUUCCAGCAUUAGUAAACGCGUUCCUUUAAGGCUUACAACAGAGAGUUAUAUAAUGGAAAGAGGUCCCAGAUACAGAGCGUAUGCAGAGUUGAGAGAAACAAAGCUGAGAAUGAAGAGUGGGAAGCUACAAGAAAGGGAAAAAAUUGAACUUAAAAAAUCCCCAACAAAGAAACAAGUGAAGUUUAGUUCAAGUUUGGGGAUUUCUAUGAAGGGGUCCUCUGUUUUGGCUCAAUCAGUGCCAGAUUUUUCAGCAACUUUGAGGAAAGAGAAUCGAAAGCCGGUUACCAGUGGCAUUGAAUUGACACCACCAGGAAAGAAUUGGUCCAAAGGGAAUGGAGUGUUGUCGAAUUCGAGGGGAAGUAAGUCUGCAAAUGCAGGGGAGAAGAAAGGAAGGUUGGUGAUGGCGAGGAAGAGUUAUGCAAGUGUUGAAGAGUUGAAAGGGAUUUCAUUGGCUGCAGCCACUGCCAUUAAUGAUGAAAACAGGGGAGGGAAGAAUAGUGGCAGAGGAGUUGGUGGUAACAGCAAGACUUUUUUAGGGUAUAGACAGUUUUAGAGGGAAAAAAGCUUUGAAUUUCAC